GGUGCCUCUUUGUUGCCUGGCAACUGUGAGACUGAAUCGGGACCAACACCGCUACCGGUCAGUUCGUGUAGUGAGAUGGGUUAAAAAUCCGAAUACGUACUAAAAUCGCAGACCAUAAAUUAACUAAAAGUUAAUUCUAUCUGUGCAUGAGCACAAUGCCUGGUAUUAAUAAUAGAGUUGGAGAUGUCUGUGUGGAAAAUACGACUGAAAACGCCAAUCACAAUUUGAGAGACGGAAAGAGGGUGAGCAGAGGAGUGUCCGAGGUUUUUGGUACCGUGUUGAUCCUGCUGUCAGUGGUAUUCAUCAUCUUCACCUUCCCCAUUACAGCCUGGAAGUGUGCUCAGGUGAUUCGGGAGUAUGAAAGGGCUGUCAUCUUCAGACUGGGCCGUGUUGUUAAAGGAGGAGCCAAAGGACCCGGUCUGUUUUGGUUCAUCCCCUGGCUGGACGUCAUCCAGAAAGUGGACCUGCGCACUGUUUCCUUCAACAUCCAGCCACAAGAGGCUCUGACUGCAGACGGGGUGCCAUUAAAGGUGGCUGCUGUUGUGUUUUAUCGGGUGGUGGACCCCUCCCUCUGGGUGACACGGGUUAGAAAUGGCUACAAGGCGACGCACACACUGGCCCAGACGACCCUGAGAGCUGCUUUAGGAGCAUACACUCUGAAAGACGUACUAACUCAAAGACUGAGCAUCGCAAGGAGAAUGGAAGAGGCGCUGUGUGCUGCUUCAAGACAGUGGGGCGUGCUGGUGGAGCGAGUGGAGCUAAAAGACCUGACCCUCCCCGUCUCUCUGCUGCGCUGCAUGGCUGCAGAAGCCGAGGCUGCCAGGAAGGCCAGAGCCAAGAUGAUUGUGGCUGAAGGAGAGGUGAAGGCCUCUCGUGCUUUAAAGGAAGCUGCGUCUGGACUGUCAACUGUUGCCUUCCAGCUCAGAUACCUGCAGGCGCUGACCACCGUCCAGAGCAGUGCCUCCAUCGUGGUUUUCUCCCUCCCCAUAGAACUCCUCGACAUGCUUCUAUCACAUCAGCCUUAGGUCUACAACAGUUAAAGGAGCUGAACAUCUCUGUAGGGAGAGAAAAAGGUCAACUGAGCCAAAUAUCAAACUUAUCAAGACAGAUUCACUAACUUAGUAAAAGAGUCUUUGAGAUGUUUGCAGAGUAUAUUAAAAGUAUUGAGUAUUUGUGAUUAUUUAUAAACAUAUAGUUACUGCACAUCAGGUAUUCUGCUAAGAAAAUAAUGCUAUAUUAUUUUCAGUGUUUAAAUCUAUUUAUGUAUGUAUCUGGGGGUUUCUGAAGCUCAUUUAAAGUUUUCGGACAGUUA